CGUCGUCCUCCGACGCCCAGGCUCUUUCCGCUAGGCCACGCUUGCUUCCCGAGUCCCAUGGAAUAGAGCGGAGCUUUUGGACGCGUUCCCCGCCCGCGACGAUCUUCGGGCCCGGAGGGGGAGAUAAAUAGAAGGAAACUAUGGCUGUGGACGUCUGUGCUGUGGGUCCGAGGCUGGGGCGAAUCAAGGGCGCAGAUUCAAGUGUGAGGAGGAAGCAGAGAAGGGGAAAAGCGUCAAACGGGACAAUUUAUCGUCGCCUCAGCCUACCCGGCGGUCGGCCCGAUUAUCAGCCAAACCCGCCGAGCCCAAGCCCGACCCCAAACCGAGGAAAACCGGCGCGAAGAAGGAAGCCGGGACGAAGCGGAACGGAGGCGUCAAGGGGAAGAAGCAGAAGAAGGCCGAAGAGCAGGAAACUGGAAAAGAAGGCACCGAAGACUGACUCCGGCGGGAGCCCGAGGCAAAGAGAUCGAGGCAAAGAAAUGGACGCGGAAAUCUCGGGUGGAUUUUGUGUACCUCCCGGAUGACUUUUCAAAGCUAUUUUUCUCGAGUGUUUUGUAAAUGCUGAUUUUUUUAGGACCGACAGUAGCGGAUGUAGAAAUGUCAAGGAGUGAACGUCUCCCCUCUCGCGAUCGUGCUCUUGGAAAAGCCCAAUUCCCCACAUCCUGUCGGUGUGUGUGACUAGCGAUGGGAUAUCAGAAGGGAUGGGCAAAACCGGCCCCAAAUCCCACCGUUCGCAUUUAAUAGCGUUUUUACCGGGCGGAUUGGAGUUUUUCCAGAGCGGUGAUAAUCGGUGGUGCUUUUGUACUUAGAUUUUCUGUGGUCUUAAUGAGACGUGGACAGUUGUGGCCGCCCGCUGAUUAUUUUAGGUUCUCCUCGUGGUUUAAAAUAAAGGUUUUCUUGCCCGCAAAAC